AUGCAGUACAAAAGCAUCCUUUCUCUUGUUGCCUCCAUCUCCCUCAUCCAAGGAUUUGUCAUUCCCGAGGGUCUGAAAGAUGGCAUUUACUCCGUCAACAAAGACAACAACGGCAAUGAGCAGAUCGAAUAUGUCUCUGGCUUUGAGCAUUCUACAAAGUCCAAGCAUCGCCGUGUUCCUCUCCCGAGCGGAGAGAUCGGUUGCACCGGCGCAGGACUGGACUACAGCGACCUAUCUGGAGCCCAGGUUCAGUUAUACAAUUACUGCGGCUCCAGCGCCACUAUGCCCUCGAAGCUCAUGGUCUUUGUCCAUGGCACAGCCAAGGCGUAUAUCUGUAACUACGCGGAUGCGGGUAAGAAUACUUGCGCUGACCACGAGGCAAAGGCGGCGUUUGCCUCGCUCUCUGGGAACUGCGGAAACCCAUCUUCGCCACUUGGCGGCUGGUAUUUCUUGAAGGAUUGGCAAAAAACUUAUGGUUAUGAUGCGGCGGGUGCUGAUGUUUGCGGUAAUCUUUAA